CGCAGCGAAGCCCCGCCCCGGCCGCCCUCCGCCGCGCCCACGGCCUGGCCUCUGCGGGUGGUGCGGACGCUAUGGUGCGCGGCAGGAUAAUCCGGCUCUCGGUCCGCGAUGUGCGCUUCCCCACGUCGCUCGGGGGUCACGGCUCGGACGCCAUGCACACAGACCCUGACUACUCAGCUGCCUACGUCGUCAUAGAGACCGACGCAGGAGAUGGACUCGCAGGAUGUGGAAUUACCUUCACACUGGGGAAAGGCACUGAAGUUGUUGUCUGUGCUGUGAAUGCCCUCGCCCACCAUGUCCUUCACAAGGAUCUCAGGGACAUUGUCGGUGACUUCAGAGGCUUCUACAGGCAGCUCACGAGUGACGGGCAGCUGAGAUGGAUCGGUCCCGAGAAAGGCGUGGUGCACCUGGCCACAGCGGCUGUCCUCAACGCCGUGUGGGACCUGUGGGCCAAGCAGGAGGGAAAGCCCCUAUGGAAGUUGCUUGUGGACAUGGACCCCAGGACGCUGUUGUCCUGCAUCGACUUCAGGUACAUCACUGACGUCCUGACCGAGGAGGAUGCCUACGACAUACUGCAGCAAGCUCAAGUUGGUAAAAAAGAAAGAGAAGAGCAAAUGCUGACACACGGCUACCCUGCUUACACCACGUCGUGCGCCUGGCUGGGGUACUCAGAUGACACGCUGAAGCAGCGCUGCGCAGAGGCACUGAAGGACGGCUGGACCAGGUUUAAAGUAAAGGUGGGUGCUGAUCUCCAGGAUGACAUGCGCCGAUGCCGCCUCAUCAGAGACAUGAUUGGACCAGAGAAGACUCUGAUGAUGGAUGCCAACCAGCGCUGGGACGUGCCCGAGGCGGUGGAGUGGAUGUCAAAGCUGGCUGAGUUCAAGCCAUUGUGGAUUGAGGAGCCGACAUCCCCCGAUGACAUUCUGGGGCAUGCUACCAUUUCCAAGGCGCUGGUCCCACUAGGAAUUGGUGUUGCCACUGGGGAACAGUGCCACAAUAGAGUGAUAUUUAAGCAGCUCCUACAGGCGAAUGCCCUGCAGUUUCUCCAGAUUGACAGCUGCAGACUGGGAAGUGUCAAUGAGAACCUCUCAGUGAUACUGAUGGCCAAAAAAUUUGGAAUUCCUGUUUGCCCCCAUGCUGGUGGCGUCGGCCUCUGUGAACUGGUCCAGCACUUGAUUAUAUUUGACUACAUAGCAGUCUCUGCAAGCCUUAAAAACAGGAUGUGUGAAUACGUCGACCACCUGCACGAGCACUUCAAGUAUCCUGUGACAAUCAAGCAGGCUUCCUACAUGCCUCCUAAGGCUGCUGGCUAUUCAACCGAAAUGAAGGAGGAAUCUGUGAAGAAACACCAGUAUCCAGAGGGUGAAGUCUGGAAGAGACUCCAUGCCGCUCACGAAAAUUAAGUGUUCAGCCCUAAAAAGCUUAAAAUGUCUUUUAGUACAGCUAUAUAAGUAGGAUGGGGCGGUGGGGGAGGAGUAUCUUACCCAUCACAAGGUUAAUGAAAGACAUUAACCUUGGGAAUGAACUCAGUAAUGACAACUUGAUUCUUCUAGCCAAUCAACCCACAGGCUUCUCUUUAAUCCUUAAACCUAGAUUUACCUAACACAGUCUGGGAAGGUAUUCUUCCAAAUGUUCUAUCAAGUGCAGGUACCUAGACAUUAAAACUGUACUUUAAAAAUAA